AUGAACAUCGAUGACAAUAAAAACUUAAAGGAGUCUAUCGAAUAUGAUGAGCUGUGUUUUGGGUAUGAUAGUAGUUCUGAUAAGGAGGAGGAAGAUCUUAUCAAUAAUGAGGGUAAAUUUAGUGAAUCCAUGGAGGUGUCGAAUUGUAGCUAUAAAAUUCAAGAAGUUAAGAAGAAGUUAAACGAAUUAAGCUAUGAUGACAUAAAUUAUGCUAAAGUGCACGGUUUUGUUGCGAGACUUGACGAAAAAGGACAAGAUUUCAAUGGAAACCUUAAUAUGCGACAGAUGGUUUGUAACAGAGAGGGUACACGUAGAAAAAAGUACUUGGAGAUGGAGAACAGAAAAGAGGAUCACAAGCCAAUCACACGUAUAAUGUGUCAAGCAAAGAUUAGAUUUCACUAUGACUUGAUUUUACAAAAGUGGCGGGUCACCAAAUUUGAAGAGACUCACAACCAUGACCUCAUCCCACCUAAGUAUAUCCAGUUUGUUCCGGCAUAUCGAACAAUGACUGACGCUGAUAAAGCAUAG